AUGCGUCAAUUAUUUUCUUCUAAAUGUCAAUUAACUUGUCUUCGACUUGAUAUAACAAAUGAUAGUUCGGAUUAUCGAAUACAUCAAACUUUUUCACCAUAUUAUAAUAUUUAUUUAAGUGAAUUUGAUAAUCAACUUAAUACGAAUUGUAUGACGCUUCGUUGUUUACAUAUUAAAAUUGUAUUUGGUUAUUUUAUUGAAUAUGUUAUUGAACAUGUACCUGCUCUUGAAAUUCUUUCAGUUACAUUUAAAUAUUCAUUGGUUAGAGAAUUUUUACAUCAAAGAAGGAUGAUACAAUUUGUACCAACGAUAUCUAAUUGGAAUGAUAAGCUUCCAAAAUUAAAAUGUUUUACAUUAAAAAGUAAAAUUCUCGAUGAUUCUGAGUUAAAAUAUUUAAAAUGGAUUCUUAAUAAUAUUAAUCAUAUUGAACAAUUAAAACUUUAUCUUGAGAUAAAUUUAACAUCUGAAGAUGAUUCAAUGAAAACGAAUUAUGUUAUUGACGCUAAUUUUAUUAGUCAAUAUUGUAUGGCUGAUACAUUGAAAAAUUUAAUUAAUUUUAAUUUUUAUAUUGUAUCCAAAUGUCAGUUAUUAUUAGAUAAUAUUCAAAUAAUUGAAGAAUCAUUUAAAAAACAUAAAUUUUUUCUUGAUCAUCAAUGGAUAAAUGUUAAAUGUUCUUUUGAUCAAAUUAUGUCAUAUCAACAUCUAUCAACAAUAGGAAUAAUUAAACCUAAAUUAUUUGAUGGUAUUAUAAAUUAUCGAAAUAUUUUCGAUUGGAAAUACGUGAAAUAUUUAAAUGUAAAUUUAAAUUCAUCAAUUGAUUUAUUUCUUGGAAAAUUUAAUAUUAUAUUUCCUCAUAUAACUUGUAUUAAAUAUGAUAUGGGUAAGGAUUUUCUUUAUUGUGAAUAA